CCCCCUCGUUCCAUUCCAAGUGAGAAAUGUGGCACUAUCAAAAUUAAAAAAGCCCGCGGCACAAAAAGCGAAAAAGCAGUGCCCCGAACAAAAUUCUCUCGUUCUCGUUGGGCGUAACUCCUUCCUCUUCGCCAGCAGGUUUUGGUAAAUCCUCCCCUGAUAUUCCACUCUCUCUCUCCAUCAACCUCCUCUCUCUCUUAUUCUUCGUAAACAGAAGUCCCCGCCGGCUGAAACUUCUAACGGAAGAUUCUGUAGGUGAGCUUAGAGAGCAGAGGUAGAAGUAAUAGAAACGGGUUUCAUUUUCAAUGUUUCUCAAGUCCGUGAACCAUACAUAGAACAAAAGGUAUGGAUCGAGGUAAAGAAGUAAUAAAUAACUCAAAUGAUGAUGUAAACGUUGACUUGUCAUGUGCAAUGGAGGGUAAUGCUUCAUUAGGUGGCAAUUCAUUUGAUGGAAUCUCUAAGAAGACAUGGGCAGAAUUAACUUCAGAAGACAUAAUGGGAAUGAAAUUUGAAGAUGCUGAGGCAGCCUGGAAAUUUUACAAUUCAUAUGCAAGGGAGAUAGGGUUUAGUGUUCGGAGAGAUGAUAAGAGAGUUGUUGAUGGAUGUAUUUUGUCUCAACGAUUUGUAUGUGCUGCUGAAGGACAUAGGAGCCAAAAAUACCUUAAUCGUGAAAAUCGUCAACGGCCACCUCGACGCUUAACAAGAUUUGAUUGUCAUGCGACUCUUCGUGUUAAAUAUGACAAAACAUUGAAGAAAUUGGUGGUGGUUGACUUCGUUGCUGAACAUACACAUGAACUUGCACCUACCCCUAAUUCAAUGUUCAUGAAAUCACAUAGAGCAUUAAGUGAGGCUGACAAGGCUCUAGUUCCUGUUCGACAGAAUGUAAAGGUUAAAAGAAGAGAUCUUGUAAAAGAUUUUGUUGAUUCAGAAAAAAGAGAUCUUGUAAAAGAUGGGGAUGAAGAAACAAUAUUAGAUUUUAUGGAAUCCAAAAUUGAGGACGAUCCUGGAUACUUUUAUGAAUAUACCGUUGAUGAAGAAAAGCAUCUCGAUAAUCUAUUCUGGGCAGAUUCAAGAUCUCGUGCAGAUUAUUGUUGCUUUGGUGAUGUUUUGGUAUUUGAUUCAACUUGUAAGAUUAACAUUUAUAAUAAGUCACUUAUCAUUUUUGUUGGAGUGAACAAUCACCACCAGACAAUUGUAUUUGCAUGUGUUUUAUUAGCGGAUGAGACAACUGAAUCAUAUGAAUGGACAUUGAAAACAUUCUUGAAAGCAAUGAAUGGAAAAAUUCCCAAUUCUGUUAUCACCGAUGGUGAUAUAGCAAUGGCUAAAUCAAUCCAAAAGGUAUUCUUGGGAUGUCAACAUCGAUUAUGCUCAUGGCACCUUAGUCGGAAUGCAUCGGCGAAUGUGAAAAUUGAUGGCUUUGUUGAGGAGUUUAACAAAUGCAUGAAUUUAGAAGGAACACCUCAAGAAUUUGAGCUUGCAUGGAUGGAAAUGCUAGCAAGAUACAAUUUAAGUGAACAUGAAUGGAUAAAUCAGAUCUAUGGUAAACGAAAACAUUGGGCAGAAGCAUACUUAAGGGGCCAAUUUUUUGCAGGAAUGAGGAGCACUCAACGAUGUAAGAGUCAGAAUGCAUAUUGUAAUCGAUAUUUGAAAGUAAAAGAUAACUUUAUUGAGUUCAUCCAUGAUUUUGAAUUAGCUCUAUCGCGUAGUCGUUCUCGUGAGGCAAGAGAGGAUUUUGAAUCAAUGGUGACACAACCAGUUGUUGAGGAUCAUUUAAAAAGUUAUCGAGCUCAAAUGGGAGCCACAUAUACUAAGAGUUCAUAUGUGGAGUUUUGUAAGGAACUUAAGAAGGAACAAAGUUUUUUUGUAGCGGAAACUCAAAGGCAUGGCGAACAUCAUCAUAUUCACACUAUUUCUGAAUUUUUACAUCCAGAACAUUCAUGGACAGUUUCAUAUGAUGCUCUUGAGAAAAAAGCAACAUGUUCUUGCUUGGUGUUUGAAGGGACUGGGUUUCCUUGUGGGCAUAUGAUUGCUGUUUUUAAGGUGGAGCAACUUAGAGAUAUUCCUGCAAGUUGUAUUAAGAAAAGAUGGACAAAACAUGCUAGAUCUGGUAUUGAGUUAAAUAACCUUAGCUCCACCAUGCAAAUAAGCCCUGAAUUUGCAUGUACGAUUCGAUAUGCUGAGCUAACAAACAUGUGCAAUCGUUUGUGUUACUUGGGGUCAAAAUCAUUAGAAGGAUUUCAACAGGCAAUUGUUGGCAUACAUAAAUUGGUGGAAAGCUUAGAAAGUGUACAAACCAGUUCAGUUUCAAAAGAUCAAGUAGGUGAGAGAAGCACUACACCUCCUCAGUCUUGGAAUUUUGUUAGGGAACCUAUUCAUGAUCCUUCCAUAAUUCAGACAAAAGGUGAUCCUAGUAACAAGAGACUGAAGACUAAUGAUGAGGUAAAGAAAAGAAAUUGUGGGCAUUGUAACAAGGCAGGGCACACAAGGCGUACAUGUUCAAUUUUACUUUCUCAAAAGCUGGGUGCCAUCCCAAGUCAUAUGGGACAAUUAUCAUCUGAUGAAGAGACGGUGUUUAUUCCGCCAAGUAAUGAACCUGAGCAUAACAAUGACGAUGAAAGAAUGGAAGCAUCUCGCACCAAUUUUGUGGAGCUUGUUAAAGUAGGGCUAUGAGCUUGUCUCUGACUCUCUGGUGGAACUAAAAACCAUUUAGUUUUAAUGAAUCUUAAAAGCAAGCCUUAGCGGUAUGUCUUCAGAAGUGGAGCAGGAUAUUGUUAGUGAGAAGUAUUUGGAGCACCUAUUGUUUCUUCUAGAAUAAAAGGUGGGGACAGAACAGCCAACAAAGUAUGAUGGAAUGGUCUACUGCAACUAUGACAUUUGCGGCUUGGUGUUACGAGACAGAACAGGGCCAACCGUUUACUGUAGCGAAACUGUUUUCGAGAAUGCAACUCUGGAGCUGGUUAGAUAUUUCUUCUAGAAUGAACUUUAACCUAAAUGGGAACCCAUGCUUGCAUGCUACAAGGUGUUACAGGAAUACCCUCGUUCAGAGAAAUGAUUGCCACUGGUGAUCAAGAAUUUAUCAUUGGCCAAAGGAUACGGAUGGAGAGACAUUGUUGUGUGAAAAAGGUUAUAAAUACUUUAUCACAGAUUGAUGACUAUUCUUGAUAUAUCUGGUUUAUCCAAUGCGAUCCAGUGAUGAGGUUCCGAAGAUUGUGCAAAAUUUUCAAUGCAUGGAUAUAUGCACAGAAGGGGUGGAUAAAGAAUCUGGUGAUAGAAGGGCACUCCAAGGUGGUGGUGGACUGGAUAAAGAAUCCGGAUUCAGUGAUAUGGUGCUAUAGAGAUGAAAUGAAGAAAUUCAAAUGGCUAACGCAACAUAUGCAACGUACCAACCAGCUGGUUGGUUAGGUCUCCUGCUAGUCGUAGUUGAAACUUGGGAUCAAAUCCCGUCUGCACUUGGGGGGGGUAUUGGAUGGGACAUGGGGGAUGGGCUACCCCUCGUUGUGUAGCUCUUUGAAAGAUAUCAAAAAAACAUAUGAAUCUGGUUAUAUAUGGGUGGGGAGGGAAGCUAAUAUUUUGACCGACUCUUUAGCCUAGCAAAGGGUAAUGAGGGAUCAGUUGUUUUGGACACAGUUGUAAAUCUCUUGCUGUUUUUUUUAAGUGUGAGACUGCACCUCUCACCUCUCUUUGGGAUGCUUGUAACAGUUACUAUUUUUUUCUGAUAUCAAUGAAAU